GGAACCGUUGCCCGGGACAUCGAUGUCAACUAAACGGAGCGAGUGCGACGAGGGGAGAGGAGCCGGAGAGAAAGAUUGCCCCACAUAAGGAGAACUACACUGUCACAGGUCACAUGGAAGCAUAAGAAGACAACAACAACAAUAAACAAUAAAAAGACAUGCCCGCAAAGAAGUUAAAAUCUGCUACUUCAUCUAAGGCACCACCAAGCUCCAAAGGUUGGGAACCAGGGCUGUUGGCAGCUCAGUUUGAAGAGGAACAAUGGAAUGCAGCUGUCUACUUUGUUGUUGGUGAGAGACAAGAAGAUGAAAUCUUUACUGAAUCUCUGUCCACUGCAAUCCGAGUUCCACAGCGCAAGCUCUUCAGUGUCAUUUCUUGGGAAGAAAUGAUGGUGCAGAUCAAUGCACUUGGAAACCCCAAAAAGUCGGAUGAGAUUCCUCUGUUUUAUGAGAUCACAGAAGCAGCAAGAGCAAUACUGAGUAAAGACGAGGAGCUUCCACUACCACUGAUUGGGAAACUGCUCAAGUUCCAUCUACUGUGGAUCAAACAGAAAGAUAUGCAAAGGAGAGAAAAUGAAAGGAGAGAAAUGGAAGAAAAGGAUGAACCAAAAGGGUCAAGUGCUGGAAGCAAGAAGAAGGGAGAGAGGAAAAUUUCAAGCAAAGGGAAAGGCAAGGCAAAGAAAACUCCAGAACCUCCUCCCUUUAAAUUGAACACAAAGCUGAAAAGAGACGAAGAAGAAGUUAUAUUGAAAUAUAUUGAUGAUGAACCUGAUGAUGGUCCACAACACUACAUCAUUAUCAUUGGCUUCCACCAGCUUCAGCUGCUAUUUAUCUUGGCAGAGCUCGGAAUUAAUAUCACUGCUAUAAUAAAGAUCUCUUCUGAGAGCUCUGAAGUUCUUCCAAAACAGGACUCUGUACUUGAAUCAGAUGCUUUUUAUGAAGCUAAUGACGCAGAGGUGCAGCAGAGGGAAGCAGAGAAGCUGAAGAAGGAGAAAGUCACCAAUGACCUGAAUAUUUUCUGGAAGUAUCUUGAGCCUGUUUUGAAUAAUGACAAACAUGAAUUCAAGCUGUUUGAUGUAGCCAGACUGCAAUAUACAGUAAAGGAAUCCAUUUCCCCACAAGACUGGACCAAUAAUGAAAUGAUGUUGGAAUUUGCCACUCUGCUAUUUGAAGACAUUGCCUGUCUGAUUUAUGACUGCAUAGAUUGGAAACGACAGUAUCUAAACUACAUAAACAAUAUGCAGAUGUGUGCUGUACCAGAAGCCUUCAAAACCGAGCAGGUGCUCGAACAGCAGAUCCAGCCUGUCAAGAAGAAGACCCCACCAUCAGGACAAGUAGUAGGACAACCAGUUCAUACUGAACAAGAACCUACUCCUGCUGAGGUGGAUAUGAGAUACUACAAUGAUCUGAUGAACGUUGUGCCCCUGGAAAGCCUCUCAGUACCUUUAAUAUUACACUGUAUCCUGGAACAGGUCAUUGCAUCAGAAGAAAAUAGAACUCCUCCAAGUGAGUUUAUUCCUGAACCACGAGAAGAUGGACUAAACGCCAACAUAGUUGAUCAUAUCAUCUCAGUUGUGCUCAAACUGUCUGUGUCUGAGAAGGAAAAAAAGAAAAUGAUUGAGGAUUUGGAAGACCCCAGACAUAAAAAAGAGAAUGAGUUAAACCAAGAGAGUGAGUUGCGCAAACAUUCACCAUCAAAGGAAGAUAUCAAGUCACAAAAUUCAAGUCUGCUAAAGAUUGUAGUUGAUGGAGAGCUGGAGAAACAGGAUUCUGUUAUUUCCAAUUUCACAAAUUCCCUUUCACUUGCUAAAUCCCAAACUGCUCAAGAUCUAGAGUCUGCUGUAAUCGACGAAAAUAUUCCUCUCACUCAAGAGGUACUUUCUGAAACACAAUUUGAAUCUGUUGAAGUAAGCCUAACAGGCGAAGUCUCUACAGUGGCUGAUACCCCCCUACCAAAGGAUUCAAAACAGAAAGUGACCGGGGAUAUGAAUGAAACUGUACGAAAGAAGUCACGUGAGGAACCCAGUCAGCCUCUGCUCCUUAAUCACCAUGACAACUUAACAUGGCGGACGCACCAUCUGAAGAUUUGUGAAGGCUUUGACAUUGCUAAAGUGGAACAGGAAAUGAUGAAAAAGCUGUUCGUGGCUCAGGCUCUUAAUUUUUCUCGUCCUUCACCCGAAGAUGAUAAGAAACGUCUGGCCGGGAUCCAAGAACUUAUGUACUAUUGCACCAAUGAAAGGAUGACAAACUCUGAAGUGGAAAGAAUCUUUAAGCAAUUUGUCUUUGAGAGCAUGAAGUUGACUGAAGUUAAAAAGAAUGGAGAGCUGGAGAGGCUUGAUAAACCUUUCUUUCAACAACCUGAGUCAGAAUCAUCAUACAUUCCAUGGGAUGACCCAGUCAGGUUCGCAAAGGACAUGAGAGAUUUUUUUAGUGUCAAAAAAAUCGAUAGCAUACAUGAGGAACAGAAAGAUGAAUGUGCAGAAGCUACUGAAGAAUCCCAAACAUGUCCUUUCAUUUUUAAAAGCAACACUUUAAAAGAUAGCAGAAAAUCUUCAGGAGAACCACGCACCUCAGUGCAUUUUCAAAAUUUGAAUGAAAUGAUUGCAGAAAGAACGUUCAAUAAGAGUGUUGCAAACAAGGGUGAAUGCAAAGAAACAAAAGAAAAUCUCAUGGUUGAUCUGGAAGCUAUACGGCGGCUGCAGCUCCGAUCACUGAAUGAAUGGUGCUUUGCUGAGCACCACGAGCCAUAUGUUCUUCUACAGGUCCUUGAGGAAGCCAUUAAAUUUUACAGAUAUGUGGAUACAUAUUACCACAGGCAGGACAACUCAUUACUGCUCGUCCUCCAUAACCCUAUGAACAAGCAGCGCCAAUGCCAAGAAUCCUGGAAUAUAGCUCUUCAUUCCAAUGUUGGAUUCAGAAGUUACCUGGAACAUGUUGCCAGUUCAAUCUCAGACUGGGUGGCAGAGGAGGAAGUCAAAUACAAAGCUGAAAUGUUAAUAAAAGAGACAGAAGGCUUGAAUUCUCUGAAGGCUACACCUGAAAUACCAUUGUUUUCCCAAAGAGAAAAUAUUGUGAAUAGGAAAAAAUCCCCAAAGAAAUACAGUAGGAGUAGUGCUUCUAGCAAAACAGAAGAGGAUACACAGGAAGAUAAACCCGGUGAAUUAUUCAUGCGGGAAGGAUCGCUUAAAGCUUGGAAGUUGGAGCAGGAGAGGCAGAAAGAGGAGGAACAGAAGAAAGACAAAAAGGGAAAGAAAGGCAGGAUGGAUAAUAAGAAGAGGUUAGAACCCAAGGAACGAUCUGAUUCCAUUGGAAGUAAGCGUUCUGUAGUUUCAUCAAAGAAAUCACCAGAAGAUGGCAAAGAGGAGCAAGAAAAAAGUUCAGAUGUUGAAGGAGAAGCUCAGGAAUCACCAUUGCCAGCUGAAAAAAUCUACAAGUUCAUUGGUUAUGAUUUGGCAAAUGACAUAAUUCAAGUGUCUGGUCAAGUCAAGUCUCUUUUUCCUGCUGAUGGAGGACAUAUUCGAGUGAAAACCAGGCAAUUUCUAUAUGGUUCAUUCAACGUUCAAGUGUGUGUGAUGAAGGACAAGCAUCUCUUCUUCGUUUACAUUACAAACCCCUUAAAAAAUGUGGAUGAAGGGAAAGAAGAUACAGCAGAGAACCUAGAGAGUAAAUUAUCUGAAACUGAGAAAGAAGAAUCAACUAGUACUUUUACUGGUACAGAACCACAUUCACCUGGAACAGGACAUUUUUCUGAAACGGAAGGCUCAAAAGGUUCCUCAGCAAAUACUGCCAAUAGCAAGAGCCUUCUUUCAGAGGUAGUGAACACAAAGUUAGCAGAGGUAAAUGUAAAGAACCCAAGGAUCAGUGAGUUUGGAUCAUUCUCUGCUGUUCUUGAUGAUGGAAUAAUCCUGACUCUUAGCAGACCCAUGUCUAAAAACGACACCAAAGCUGAAGAAGAUCAAAUUCUAGCUUCCAUUUUGAAUUCGCCAUCAGUACAGACACCUACGUCACUUCCCCUUGCCAAUGACAUAAGCACUAAGAGUACCUUGGUGACUAAAGCCAUCAAGAUUACGAAAACACCUAAAUCAGGGAAAAACAGCCAAAAGAGGGAGUUUAAUUCUCUACCGUCUAUAGAGAUACUAGAAAAACUGGAAGAACCAAAGCUAGAGGUUGAACAACCUGAAGCAACAGUUGAAGGACCAGAACCUGUCCCAGAACUCCCUACCUUCCUGUGUCUGAGUGCAUGCUCUCCUGAUGGCCUAGUGGUAACAUUCUUCACCGAGAGCUCUAUAGAGAUCACAAGUGAUGAGGCAAACCCUAAAGAGAAAAUACUGGUCCGUCAGAGUUAUCCUAUCAAAACCAAUGGCUCCCAACCCUGUGAGGCUGCACGGAAAUGGCCUGCUAUGGAAGAGAUGUCAAGGGUCAUUACAUCUGAUGGAACUGUGGUAAAGUACAUGAUGGAUGGAUCCACUCAGGUUCUGUUUGCUGAUGGAACUGUGAGCAAAAGUCCGGAUUCAGGUCCCGUCACCAUACCUAUACCAACUCAACCAAUCCCGAGCCAGUCUGAGUUACUGUCCCAAGAUUCAAAGGACACAAAGGAAUUGAGACCCGAGACUAGUGACGAAGUUCCUAAAAGAGGAAAACAUGCCCGGAAGAGUAUUUCUGUGCCGACUCCCAGUGAUACAUUUUUAUCCCAAACAAUCCCAUUGGAAAGUACACCAGAACAAGAACCUGGUACCUGGUUAACCACCACCCCAGAUGGUCAAAUCAUAGGAACAAAAGGCAAGGAAAUUCUGGAUACAAAACCCAUUUUGUUCUAUAAAGCAACAGACCUUGGGACAGAAGAGGUAAUGAUUACAAGGCAGGAUAAAGUAAUAACUGUCCUUGGGAAUAACAGCAUUAUAGUGGAGCAUGCUGAUGGAACCAGGAUUAGUACAUACUAUCAGGAUGUCAAAGUGCCAUUCUUUGAGGGAAGACAUGAAGCUGAGGAUACUGAAGAGACAACCAAACAAGUUAGCUACAUAAUGGUGGAAUGCGUGGGUUUUGCCACUGUUAUAAUGAACUUGGAAGAAAAUAGCUGUUGUACAGUGUUUGGGAAUGGUACAACCAUUGUUGCCAAGCCACAAGGGACAUACCAGAUUUUUCCAGCAAGUGUGGGAUCCCUAAGUAUUGAUCAGGAAGGCUGUGCUCUAUACUCAUCAAUUUCAAGCAACAAUGGCCCUAUGGAUCUCCAACAAGGCACCUAUAUCAUGAAAUAUACUUCCCAGGUCAUCUGUGAGGUCAUCGACCAGGAGGGAAAUGAGUUCCAGGUAAUGGUGGAUGGCACAACACUUCCUGUUCUCACUGACACUGAAGAGAUUGAGCAAGAGGAUGAACAUUUUUUGUUGCAGAGUCAUAGUCAAAAAAGUGAACCAGUCAAAUAUGAAAAACAUGCUCCAAGGUUUUUUAUCCUGCAUGAUGAUCUCUCAGGUACUGAACUGCUGCGAUCCAGCGAAGUGGAAGAAUACCUGUUCCGGGCAUACUGCAAUCCAGCCACCGCCGUCCUGAAAGAACGACUGCCAGAAUUUCCAGGGGUCCUGGGUAUCACUUUUCUCCAGCCAGCCACUGAGGACAUUGGAUCCCGCUGGUUAAUUAAGAAAGAAAUAGACAACAUUGUACCUCCCAACCUUCAGUCAAGAAAGUGGGACAAGUUUCCUUCAGUAGAGCAGAAGACACCCGGACCUAUUUUUGGCACAAACAUCUGUGACUUGUCACUUCAGAAUGUACCACGACCUCCUCUUCCUGUCUUAAAGUGCCCCCCUGUUCUAGAAGUCCGUCAGCUCUUCCAGUAUGAACCUGUUCGUGUAGAACUCCGGCAUCAAAUGCAAAAUUCUCUUAAGGAGUACAUAGAGCAAAUUCUGCAGAAGGAACAAGAAGUGAAUGAAAUGAUAAUUAAGGAGCCACGCAGUGAGGAAGAGCGUAUGCAAGCUGCUGAUCUGUUUAAACUAGUUCUGUCCUAUCCUGACAAUGAAGAAUCACAAAUAGAAGAUAAGGAAGCAACUAAAGUGGAUGUAGCCUCAAUUUAUGAGCACGCUGUGGCACCCCCAAUACAGAUCCCAACCGAGAUGACUAAAUGUGAAGAGUUGUUUCGAGGCAGUGAACACAAGCAUGAAUCUCAAUGGCCCCAAAGAUUAGAAGAGUACAGGCAGGAGCUUUGUGAGGCAAAAAACUCUCAAUUAGCUCUGAAGAACAUGAUCAUCCCCCCCUACUUCCAGUCUGAGAUGGGUAUGGCUUUUAUCUCGAACCAGGCGCCUGAUGUGAAUUGUUACUCCAAGCACGUGUCAGGAUGCCCAACGAUGGAAACUCAUUGCUCAGGACUAAUUCAGAAUAAUUCAGCUUCAACUUCUUGUGAUUCAGAUACAGUUUUAGUAUCAGAUGUUUGUAACCGACCUCCAAACCCCACCCCUAUUCGUGCAGCACAGAGAGGCAAUUGUCUAAAGAGGUCAUCUGAAUCAACGCCACAAAUUCAGUGUCCCCAUCACACACAAGAAUAUGGAUUUCUGCUGUACAAACCAGAAGAACUGCCUACCCAUGGAAGCAACCUCAUCUUAAAUAAACACUUAGUGAUUGAUCCUUUAGGCCAGCCAAGGAAAACCAAAAUCAGACUCCCAUCAGCUAUUCUGGGUUCAAAACCUGGUUGUCUACGGAACCAGAAGUUUGCUGUAAUAGAAGACCCAGUCAGAAGAAAAGUAAACACUGUAUCAAUUGCUGGUCCCUUAGCAAGUGGUUUAUUAAGGGAACCAGUUCGAGGCUUCGAGCUGUUUCCAAGAGAAGUGAACUUUGGUGUUCUCCGAGAGGGUUUUACUUACGCCUUCACUGUCCUGGUGAAGAAUGUUGGUGUAGAUUCCUGCAGAUUUCGAGUGAAGCCUCCUCUGUCCAGCACUGGACUUAGAUUGUGUUUUAAACCAGGACCUGUCGCAGCAGGGCUGAGUACUGAGUUGGAAAUAGAGCUUUACGCCAUGGCAAUUGGUUUGGAGGCAACAGAAGGCGUAGGCUAUCUUUGCCAUCAUCUUGAGAUCCAGACUGAAGCUGAAGCAAUGUUUCUCCCCAUCACUGCAACUAUUUUAACAGAUUGCUUUUACGAAAAUAGACCAGAGCAUCUACCAAAAGGCGGACAAGGUCCUGGUGUGCGGCUGAUUUGUACUAACCCAGCCACCCGCAUGGGUAUCAUGCAGAUCCACAGACCUCCAACAAAAGGUUCAACUUGUUGCCACAAUAUGUGUGAAACGUAAGGAUUAUAUCCCAUCCUAUAGCUGGCCAUUCCCAGUGUUUCAACUUUGCCUGGUUAUUCGUAUUAACAUAUAAUUAGUUUGUUAAUGCUGGAUUACAGCCAAUCUUUGUAAGAACCACAUUUUAAGUGAUUUCUUUUGUGUACCACAGUACGUUUUAUAUGUAUUGACUAAUAAUAAAAC